AGUUGCUUACAUGUCAGUGGCACAGAUGGCGCUUGCGCUGCUUCACGUGGCCUCGACCUGCGCGUUCAUGGCGCCUGUCUCUUCGCCAUGCCGGAGUCUUGAAGCCUCUAGAACCAUGUCUCACAACAGAGCUGCGGCUCGACAGAUCCUCAGGAUGUCGACAGAGUCUUCGCACGUCGAAGCCCGAAGGACCUUCUUGAAGUCUGCACUGACACUUCCACUCACUCUCGCUGUCGGUCAACGGGCUGGAGCUGAAGUGUUCUUUGACACGGAGAGAUACGGAGAUAAGGAGUUGAAAGUUUCCACUAUCAACAAGGUGAAACAGCAGUUUCGGGCCCUGUAUGAGAAGAAACCAGAGCUUCUGGUCCCAUUGUUUCGCCUUGCCAUGGAAGACGCUCUCUCCUUCGAUGCCGGAACCAGGGAGAACGGCCCCGAUGGCUCAGUGUUGCAACGGGUUGGAGGGCCGGGAAGCGAGUACCUCAAGGAAGCUGCGGAAGAAGUUCGACGAAUCAAGAGCGAGCUGAACAGACAGACCCAACUCACAUCUGCUGAUAUCAUUGCCUUUGCUGGUGCAGUGGCGAUCGAAGCUACAGGUGGCCCGAGGACCGUGGUUCAACUUGGACGUGCGGACGGUAAGCCGAGCUCGAAGAGCGGGAUGUCUUCAUGGGACUUCUCGGCUCCAACGGCUGAAGGAAUCCUUGGAGCCAUGUCCAAGAGCGGGUUGACUGCUAAGGAAGCAGUGCUGCUGGCUGGAGCCAUCGGUUCCUUGAACCAAGCAAGCCUCAACAUGAAGGAGGCCAUCGCUAACAAGGUUGUCUGCGAUGUGGAAGAUCCUUCCUGCACGUCAGAGGAAGAAGGGUACUACGGACUUUACUCCCCCGUCACCAUCAGAUCUGAGACGAGCAACCUUUACGGCAAGAAUCGAGGUGCUAGUGCUGUGAACUCAAACACAGGGUUCGACUCCGCCAGAAUCGCCGGGUUGGCGGGUGACGCCAAAUUUAGCAACAAGUUCCUGAUAGAUGCAGCAAGCGGCAAGUCGGACGAUCCUCUGGCCAAGGCUCUUAUGUCGGAUAAGGAGAUGAGCAAAUGGGUGAUGGAGUAUGGCAAGAAGGGGAACAACAACAAGUUCGUGAAGGACUGCGAGAAAUGCUAUGUUGCUCUCACGGAGUUGGGCCGUUCUAACACGAGCAGAUGAUCAAAAUCUCGUUUAAAUGAGAAGUACAAGCAAGACACACGC